AUGGCCCAACUUGUUUCCCUCUUGGGAGCGCCUCAUUUCAAUGGCUCCCUCCAUCCACCUAACAUGACAAGAGAGGAAUGGUGGUGUCCGCAGUCCAUGACCUACGGCUUUCUUGGAUUUUCGUACCCCAUGGAAGGCGAAUGUUACGACGACAGCUUCGAACGCAUCAAUGCCGACUUGCAAAGUAUGAAGCGUGACUUUGGUGCCAGCAUGGUCCGGGUGUAUCUGCCAUAUUGCUACACGACCUACAUAUGGGAGAAUCUCGUUCGUGCUGCCGUCGCCAAUGACAUGGGCGUGGUCGCACAGGUGGCAUGGCCGUUGAACGGAGAUCCACUUGAAUACUGGCAGAAGAUCGCUGCAUCGAUCCUUGAGAUAUUCACCUCCAGCAUGUACAAGGACAUCGCACCGUACGUCUUUCAUAGCGUCGAAUUCGGCACAGAACCAAUAGGCGACAUGGACGACGGAGACAACUUCAUCAACGACCUGAUCGACUUCAAGACCGCCAUUAAGCCGUAUGGCAUCCCCGUAGGUAUCAGCGAAGACUGGGACCGCCCCGGAAUAUUGCGUGCGAACGAGACAGAAGGCCUGGGUCCCAUCGGCGAGCAGAUCCUUCCACAGAGCGACUUCAUUCACGCCCAUGUCAUGCCUUACUACCACGGCUACAAUCAGUCAGAUGCCUGGAGCUACAUCGAAUCGCAGGUCUGGUGGUACAAGAACAACACGCCGGUGCCGACUAUCGUUUCCGAGACGCAAUGGGCAUGGGAACUCAAUGUCCUGCAUCAGGGAAGCAAAGACAUCGGCACGCCGCAGUACACUGCGUUCUGGGAAGCGUACGAUGCCAAUUGCCCGUUCUUCAAGGAGACCAAUGUUGGCUGGUUUCUGCAUGCAUGGAAAUGGGAAGGCACCUUCAACAUGGUGGCGCCAAAUGGAUCAUAUGCCAUGCCAAGCUGGAAACCGCAGAAGUGUUGA